AUGCUGACUCCUGGAAGACUGUAUUGUAGUUUAACUAUGGCUUCAUUACACUGUGUUUAUCCCAACAACCAGAACCAUUCUGGAUCCAACUAUUCAGGACUGAUAACCACUUGCACAAGUAAAGGAAAGAACUGGCCUGCUUUGGUCAUUCUGGUCAUCAUCUUCUUCACCGUUGGUGGGAAUAUUUUGGUAAUACUGGCAGUAUCCUUGGAGAAGAAGCUGCACAAUGCCACCAACUUUUUCCUGCGCUCGCUGGCAGUAGCGGACCUGCUGGUGGGAAUCUUGGUCAUGCCGGUAUCACUUAUCAACAUUCUCUAUAAUUACUCGUGGCCUCUGCCCCAUGUGUUGUGCCCCAUGUGGAUCUUCCUGGAUGUGUUCCUCUGCACUGCCUCCAUCAUGCACCUCUGUGCCAUUUCUUUGGACCGCUACGUCGGCAUCCGCAGCCCCAUCCAACACAGCCGCACCAACUCCCCCUACAGGGCCAUGACCAAGAUCACUGCAGUCUGGACCAUCUCUAUGAUCAUCUCAUUGCCCAUCCCUGUGAUCAGCCUGCAGGAUGAGCAGAAGGUCCUGGUGAAUGGCCGUUGUGUCCUCACUGAGCCUCGCUUCAUGCUUGUGGGUUCCUCUGUGGUGUUCUUCCUCCCCCUCAUGAUCAUGGUUGUCUGCUACUUCCUGACCAUGCGGGUGCUCCAGCAGCAUCUGGCCACCUUCUCCACUGAGCACAGGAACUGCACUAACACCAAGCAGCCAUCCCCUCAACCCAGCCUCCUGAGUGACGACCCAUCCUCUCUUUCUAAUUCCCCAAUCAAAAGAGUGUUGCAGCACCUGAGUCCUCCACUGAGGGUACGUGAGUGCACAGGUUCACGAGGUCAAGGGAAACGGCGCAUGGCUCAGGCCAUCCAGAAUGAACGCAGAGCCUCUCAAGUCUUGGGUGUGGUCUUUUUCCUUUUCCUGGUCAUGUGGUGUCCGUUUUUUGUCACCAAUGUGUUGAUUGCCACGUGCCAGGAUGGAUGCAGUGAAUGCUUACUCAGACUAAUGGACAUUUUCGUAUGGUUGGGCUACGUUUCCUCCGGAGUCAACCCGCUCAUCUACACCCUAUUCAACAAGAACUAUCGCCAUGCCUUCUCCUGUUACCUGCGCUGUAUCUAUCGUGAAAAGGCUAAAGGUGUGCUCAGCAACUCCGCCUGUCAGGUUUAUUCUGUUACACCCACCCCUGUUCUGUGUGAGAGGAGCUUCACUUCAGGAUUCAGUGGCUCCAAUCGGGGACACAAACAAGGCGAGAUUCUAAAAGAAGAUGCUAGUAGUUUUGCUAGCUCCACAGAUAACAUCAGUAGAGUUUGA